GAGCUUGAGAGAGCAAGCACGAGAGAGGACCCACAUUCACUGAUAGAAACACAGAGAUAGAGAGUUGGAGAAAAUAAAUACACCUGCAGAGACAAGCUGAGGGACGGAGACAGUGAGUCAGAGAGAGCUUCGCGGGAGAGAAAGAGAAACGACAAAGACACAGAAAGAAAGUCAGAGAGAGUGUGUGUGUGUGUAGUGCAGCGUUGCGCUGGUCUACUCGGUUAUCUGUCUCCAUCUGGGUGCCAUCUGUGUCUCUGGCUCUGGCCUUCGCCACACUGGAGCUCACAUAUGUGGGAAUGCAAACACAUGCCUGACAUAUGAAGGCGUGGAGUCACAGAAAGAGACAAAAAGGAAAGGAUAAGAAAGCGAAACCCAGCCGCCGCAGCUGACUUUCUCAAAGGACUGAAGAGUGGACUCUACUAGAGUGGAGACAGUAGAGAGAAGAAGAGCCCUGCCAUGCCCGGUUCUCCUGUGGAUGCUAAGACUCAUUCCAGAUCAGCCCCCAGCAGCAGUGCCAGCUCCACCAUGCCACCCCUGCCCUCUGUCAACCCCAGCGGCCCUCGCCCGGCCUCGUUUUCCACCACAGCAUUGACUAAUGGGAAUCAUCAUUCCCCACCAACCCUGAAUGCAGUGCCAUCUCCACCGCAGCGUUACAGCAACGGACCAUCCUCUUCCUCUUCCUCAUCGCUGGCUAACCAGCAGCUGCCGGCCACCUGUGGGGCUCGCCAGCUGAGCAAGCUCAAACGUUUCCUGACCACGCUGCAGCAGUUUGGCAACGACAUCUCUCCUGAGAUUGGAGACAGCGUCCGAAGCCUGGUUCUGGCCCUCGUGAAUUCGACGGUUACCAUUGAGGAGUUCCACUCACGGCUUCAGGAGGCCACCAACUUCCCCUUACGGCCCUUUGUCAUUCCUUUCCUCAAGGCAAACCUUCCCCUUCUACAAAGGGAGCUCCUCCAUUGUGCGAGGGCAGCCAAGCAGACCCCAGCCCAGUACCUGUCCCAGCAUGAGCAUCUCCUGCUGAGCACCACCAUGGCGUCUUCUCCAGACUCCUCUGAGCUGCUGAUGGAGCCUCCUGAAACUGUUACCAAGAGACACAGCCCCAGCAGAGCUAAAGAGAACGGUUUCCACGAACGUCCACCUGCAGCCAUGGAGCCCGCCGCGAAACGAAUUUGCACCAUCAGCCCAGCUCCCCGACACAGCCCGGCCCACCCGCUGCCCCUCAGCGCCCAGCUUCACCCGACCCCUCCGCCCUUGCAGCACUACGCGCUGGAUGACAUCGCAGCACCGCACAUCCUACACCGUGAGCACAGCCAACGCAUGCUGGAGAUCCGCGAGCUCAAAGACAGGCCCAGACUCCCUGGCACUAACGGGGGCUACCGCGAGGAGCCGGUGGACCACAGACUGACAGACAGAGAGUGGGCUGAUGAAUGGAGGCAUCUGGACCAUGUGCUGAACUGCAUCGUCGACAUGGUAGAGAAGACACGGAGGUCAGUGAGCGUGCUCAGGCGAUGCCAGGAGUCGGAUCGCGAGGAGCUCAACUAUUGGAGACGGCGCUCGAGCGAGCAGGAGGACCCGCGCAAAGGAGGCUCAGGCUCCGCUCCCUUCUCCAAGACACACAGCCCCCACUCUGCAGAGUCGGACUCCCAGCGCGACUUUGCACCACGGCCAGGCUCAGCAUACGUUACAGAUGAGAUCUGGAGGAAAGCUGAAGAAGCAGUGAAUGAGGUGAAGCGUCAGGCCAUGGAUGAGGUUCAGAAGGCAGUAGCAGAGGCUGAGCAGAAGGCUUUUGAAAUGAUUGCCUCUGAGAGAGCUAAGAUGGAAAAGACUCUGGCUGAUGCAAAGAGGAAGGCUCAAGAGGACGCAAUCAUGGUCAUCAACGAGCAGGAGGACUCCAGUGAGUGUUGCUGGAAUUGUGGCCGCAAAGCCAGCGAGACGUGCAGCGGCUGCAACGCAGCUCGCUACUGUGGCUCCUUCUGCCAGCACAAAGACUGGGAGAGGCAUCACCUCAUCUGCAGCCCAGGACUUCAGGCUCAGCCUAAACCAGUUUCCGCCAUCACUGCGAGCAGGGCGGCUGCCGUGGCCACAGCGGCAGCAGCAGCCGCCGGGGUGUCUCCUGUCGGUCUGGCCGGGGUCAAGGUUCCCGACAGCGUUCCUUCAGCCUCCAGUCCUGGUGGAGAGAAGGCUUCGGUCACCUCUCGCUCCUCCACCCCUUCCACCCCCGCCUCGGCCCCUGAGGCCAAUGGACACUAGGAGGCGAAGGACAUGAGUGGUGAACGUGGCACCUAUCCUCCUCUGUACUGGGGAAGAAUUGAAUCAGCAGCGAGAGGGAACUAUUUGUGGGUUAAGUUAGGAUAACAGAUUUUUCAUCAUACUCUUUGGCAGAUAAAAAAGGACAGAUUAUGGAUGACUGUUUGAGUGAUAUGUCAACUGGGACUUUGGCUUUGGCAAAGAACAGAAGGACUCGUCUCGAAUGCAUCUAUUGGAUGAACAGAUCUCCCUAACAGAUGGAAACGUGUUUUUCUGCGUCCAAAAAACCCCAAAUCUUGGAUCUGCGAGGGUCGGAAAAAAAACUGACGAUUGAUCUCAGUUUAUCUCUGGCUGCGGGAAGAAAGUUAUGAAAGGGAGGCAUAUGAGAAACGACGGGAGGAGAUUAAAAAAAACAGUGAGGUAUAAAGGCGCCUCCCCCUUGAACCAAUAUUCUCACUUUGUUGUGUAUAGAUUUCAGAUAGGGAGGUGGUGGUGGAAAAUGUAAACAGUGUAAUAGUACCAGCCAUAAAGCAUCUGUCUUCGUCCUGUAGGAAAAAACAAUCUGACAGUAGACCACGUCAGAGUCGUCUCUGCAGCUCCUCCUGUAUACAUAAAUAUUUGCUCGCCAACUUCUUGUCAGGUUUUCAUACGUGUGAAUGAGUUUGUCAAACGGUCGUGCCGUCAGUGAAUAUUGUACAGCAUAUGAUAACUUUUGUCAAAGCAAUAUUAAAGUGAAGUGUUCAGGUAUCUCAAGCCGUUUGUGCAUCACCAAAGUUUUCAGUCGCUAAAGAGAGAGUGGUCGUCAUUGCUUGUAUAUGUCCUCGUGAACAAGAGAUAAUUAUACACUAACCCCCACACACACCAUAUCUACUUUAUAACCCUGGUCACUGUGUUUCAUUUCUGAUCGUCAGACAUCUUCAAACGAACAGAGAGAAAGGUGAUGGUGAUCGGAUCAAGUCAGCGCAGUUCGGACUUUAUUCUAGUUGCAGUUUCAUUUUGGCACUUGUUCACGUCACCAGUUGUGUAUGGCGGGGUCGAAUGUUGCUCCAAAUCUUCCACCAUUGCAAUAUUUGCAUCAGGGGUUUGUAACACAAGUUUUUCAAGCACAGAAAAGCAGAUAAAGGAUUAAAAAAAAAAUCCAUUUUACUUCAUUUGAAAUAAUCAAAAAGCAGAUAAUCCUCACUGGUGCUGACAUUGCCGUGGUGCAGGUUUCGAGCAGCGACUCUGUUCCACGGAGAAUCUCAGGAGCUAAACUGUAUUUGUAUGUACAGAUCAUUCUGUUCUUUUUUGUUUUUUCCCUUUUGUCACAGUUAGGUUCAAGUCAAAAGUUUAGUGAGGACCUUUGAUUUAUCGUACUCUGCUGUUACAACUGAGACAUUGUUCUUGUUUUUUUUUUUUUUUUGUUCGUUGUAAGAUGACUUUGUAAAGAAUAUUAUGAGAGAAUGCCUUUAUUUUGUGAGCCACGAUUUUCUUCGUUCUUUAAACACGUUCUUUUUGUUAUGAGGCAUAACUUCAUAUGAAAAAAGAUAUCUUGA